AACCUGAACUUGUUUUUUAAUAUUAUGUAACUUUAAAUUGCACCUCAAAAACACCAAUACUUUAAAGAAUAUUAUAAGUAUUAUUUAUUUCGGACAUUUUUUUUUUGAGGGAUCGGACAUAUUAUUAUUAUAAAUGCUUUUUGAAAAAGAAAAUGAAUUCCUAUUUAGAUACUUCGCUAACGGGAAACAAAUUACAGGGAGAAAUGGUUAUUUUGGAAAAAUCUAAACCACGAGAGGUAUUAGAGAAUAGAGAUAGAUAUUCCCAGACCAGCAGAGAAGCAAUGGAAGUCGAAAGCUGACUCUUUAUCCCUCCCCAACCAACUUUAAAGAAAAGCGACGAAACGCGCCCCUUCCUCCUCCCAUCUCCUCCUUCAUUUUGCUUCUUCUUCGUUCAUUUCUUGGCGAGAAGCCGGCGCUGGUUCUGCUCUGCCUCCCUUUACUUCUCUCUCGACUCAAGUCCUCAGCUCAAACAGGUGACGAUCGUUCUGCUUCUCUCUUCCAAUUCGAUUCGAGUUUCGAGCUCUCGGGAAAUGGUUGAUCACUUGCCCAUUAUCGCUUACCCUUUGAAAUUUUGUGGGUUCACUUCAAUUUGUUUGCUUGAUCUAAGAAUGAAUCAAGUCGAAGGAGUCAAAGCUUCACUGUUUUUUUUUUCUUAAAGGUUUCUGCUUCCUUUCUAUUUUUCGGUAGAGCAAAUCUCCCAGCUCAUUUUUGGCAUCUUCCCAGAGUUGUUAGCUGAAACCAUUAUUUUUUGCUGUAUAUUCUAUAGUAUUUUGAAAAUGUGGUGGAAAUCUUUCUUUCUUUUGUAUAUUCCAUUUGGGAUUGCAUUCCCUCUUUGGUUGAAUGGCCUGCAAGUUGGCAUUGAUACCGUGUGGAAGGAGAGAUUUGAAGAACUGGGGACUCAUUUCUUGUUGUCAAUUAGAUUUUGGGAUUGCAUUCAUAGUCAUCUCCGUCAAAUCCAGAGCUUUUGAUAUGCCAAAUUUUGUUUGUUAUCGAAUGAAUCGAUGAAAGCUGUUUUUAUCGUAUCCGACCAUUUUUAGUACUUCCCUGUGCUGGGCUUUUACUCGUUUCAUGGCAAUUCUGAUGGUAAGUGCGCUGCUUUGUGUUUUGUCGAACAGAAUUGAUUAGGGUGAAUCACCCAUACUGUCCGAGUUCCUGGGUAGUCCUUGCAUUGAGUGUUCAGUAGCUUUUGGUUUGGUGGAAACCUAGCUUGGAGAUUCAAUCUAUGGUUUCAUCAUAUCUAAGGGGGUCUGUGGGGUUAGAUGGAUGUUCUCUCCCCGGAACUACGUUCUGAUAAUCUCGCAGAUAGUUGCCCACUGUUAAUGGAGCGAUCAGCGACUUUUAGGAGUACAGAUCACAUCAUCGAUGUGCCUGAAAAUACCAAUUUUUCUUCCGAAUCUACAUCCCAUGGUGGACAUUCUCUGGAAACCUUUUCAACAGAUGCCAGACCUACAACUAGUUCAGCACCCUCGGUUUCUCAGCCUUCAACAUCGUCUUCAAAUGUAUCAAGUGCCCGGAGUACUAGGAGAGGGGAUGCUCGUGGUAGACGCAGGAGUCCACUGAAUUCGGGUCUAUGGAUAUCAGUUGAAUUGGCUCUCACAUUGAGUCAGAUCAUUGCAUCGAUCGUCGUUCUGUCCAUAUCGAAGGAUGAACACCCACGCACACCAUUGUUCGUGUGGAUUAUCGGUUAUGCAUCUGGAUGCUUAGCGACGCUCCCCCUUCUUUACUGGCGUUAUCAUCUUCGAAACCAAGGGACUGAUCAAGAUGCUGCUCAAACUCGUCAGGGUUCGACUCACAUCAAUGUUCCUGCUGGACCAUUUUCUCUUUCAGUGACCAGAACUUCUGAUGGAGAAGAUCGACGACCUGUGGUUGGCUCACCUAGAGGUGGUCCAAGUACAGCAGCAGUAAACCCGAGGGUGAAGGUCCUAGUUGAGUACUUCAAAAUGGGCUUGGAUUGCUUCUUUGCAGUUUGGUUUGUUGUGGGUAACGUGUGGAUCUUUGGUGGUCAUUCGUCGGGAAGUGAUGCUCCAAACAUGUAUAGGUUAUGUAUAGUGUUCCUUACCUUCAGCUGUAUUGGAUAUGCCAUGCCCUUCAUUCUCUGUGCCACAAUCUGCUGUUGUCUGCCUUGCAUUAUCUCACUCCUCGGGUAUAGAGAGGAUCUGGCACAAACCAGAGGAGCAACUCCUGAGUCGAUCAAUGCACUACCAACAUACAAAUUCAAGUCAAACAAAAGAGAUGGAAACGCAGGUGGCAUUGAUGGUGGGGUUGUAGCUGCAGGAACCGAGAAGGAGCGCAUCAUCUCAGGGGAAGACGCGGUUUGCUGCAUUUGUUUGGGGAAGUAUGCGAAUAACGAUGAGCUGCGAGAGCUGCCAUGCUCUCACUUCUUUCACAAGGAAUGCGUGGACAAGUGGCUUAAAAUCAAUGCAUCGUGUCCUCUGUGCAAAAGCGAGGUUGGUGAAAGUAUCAUGGGUUCACUCUCUGGUGUUCAAACUUGAGAGUUGACAGUGGUCCUGCUGGUGAGCUAUGAAGUACAUGUGAGAGUAAGAUAAAGUUCUUAAUGCUUUAUACAUCUAGAUAGUCGACAUUGAGGGUUGAGGCUUCCUGUAAAGAGUGUUUCUCCAAUGUUUUUUCACCUCAUGGAAUCCGUUACUUGUGUAAGAAUUGGUUUGACUUCACCUCUGCACCUCUUCCCUUGUUUUUGUAUAACAAGAUCUAAGCUUUUUGUCCGUCCGAAUGUUCAUUAUACUCGUCAACUUCUGUUGGUCAUUGGAUCUGUGACCCGAGGUCCAAGUUAACAUUUUUGAUGAUGCAUUCUAGUUUUGCAGCCGAAAUCAUCUAUGAAAUAUGGCUAAGUUCUCUAGGAAACCAUGCAUUUUAUACUCAUCUGUCACUUGUGGCAUAAACUUUUCCGUUCAUUUCUGCGAUCUAGGGUAAUAAACUUAACUUUGUGUU